AUGGGCCAUAACCACAGUACACCAAGACACCAGCAGCAGACCGCGUCGUCUUCCCUACCAAAUGACUCCACAGAUCUCCCUCCGACGUAUGCAGAAGUUUUUGAGAGCACCGCACUCACGAGAGACCAUUCUUUGGCUACACCAAAUUCACAGAGCAACGAAGUCGUCCGACUAACGCAGGAACUGCGCUCCAGGGACGAGACAAUCCGCAACCUUAAAGACGAGUUCUUCCUAGAGAGAAUCCGCCACCGUAACAGAGCAUCUCAAUCCAAGACCAUCGGCGCAGGCUAUGAAGUUAAGCUCGACGAAAAGCUGCUUGCAGUGAAAGAUAAAGAGCGAGAACUGCUCCAGACGCUUAACCAAGUACGUUCAGGAAAACGAUACACAGAGUCGGUAAUGGCCUCCUUGGAGCGACAAGUGAGGAGCCUCAAGCAGGAAGUUAGACAAAAGACCAAAGAUGCGCAGUCACUGGAAGAACAGCUGGAAGAGUCGAAGAAGCUGGUCGAGGACAAGGCUUCUCAAAUCAAGAUUCUCGCAGCCCGUGCCUUCGAUGCAGAAACCAGUCCAGGAUGUAAAGAAUGCNAAAACUGCAAGAAUCUAGAGCAGCAGCUUCAGGACAUCAAGACCAAAAGUACUGCAGAGAUAGAAGAUCUCACAACCGAGACAUCCGCCCAAGGAUGUUUGAUCGACUUCGACAAUCGCUAUAUCGAAACACUGUACAAGAGGAUGCGAACCUGCCGAAUUGACAGCAUGCGAGUACCACCAGACCUCGACACCGAAAAGAAAAAGACUGAGUGCCUGAACAAGGCCAUUGAAGGCUUCCGCAACCCGUUCCCAGAGCAAAGAUCACAUAACAAGUUCAAGGCAAUUCAAGUGCAGCAAGAAAUAACACACAUGUCGACGGCGGCAGCCAUUGAAUAUCGACGUCAAAUCGUGACAAGGCAUAUACAAGAGGCGUAUACUGAGCUACGGCUCGCCAGGGCUGAAGCGGAGUGCAGAAUUGGUGAUCCUUUGCUCAGGAAUGACGAUUACCAUUCUAUCAUACAACAAGAGUUCGAUGACGUCGUAAGAUUGUCCAGUGAGUGCUACAAACUAGGACUACAGCAGGCUUCUAAAGCUCUAACAGACAAAGCGCUGAAAACGAUGAAGCCCAGUAGUGAUAUCGAUGUAGCCGCUGGUGGAAAGGAAUGUUAG